CCUGAUACUUUUUCUCGAACGUGUCGCCCCAUUUCCAUCUUCAACGACAGUUUCUCCUUCAUACAUUGAUUGAUACAUAGAAAACCCAAAAACAGAAAAACGCAACAAAAUCAUUCUUUCAGUUUCAGCCCCUAAAACCCAAAACAAAUAUUCCUUUCCUUUUCACCCAAAUUCUCUCUCUCUCUCUCAAAUCACAAUACCAAAAAAGCUGAAACUAAUAGAAAAAAAAAAAAAAAUGGCUUCACCGAAACACGUAACGGAAUCGGAGGCGCGAACCGCAACGGCAAUAACGGUCCAACCGUCUUCCCCGCGAUUUCCUCUCGGCGAAACCGACCGCAAGGUCGGCAUAGCCGUCGAUCUCAGCGACGAGAGCGCAUUCGCCGUCCGAUGGGCCGUCCUCAACUACCUCCGCCGCGGCGACACCGUGAUCCUCCUCCACGUCCGCUCCACCAACGUCCUCUACGGCGCCGAUUGGGGAGCCAUUGAAGAACCCGAAGCCGGAUCCGCGAAGGCGCAGCAGAAACUCGAGGACGAUUUCGACGCGUUCACCACCAGCAAAGCCAACGAUCUGGCUCAGCCGCUCGUGGAGGCGCAGAUUCCGUUCAAGAUUCACAUCGUGAAGGAUCACGACAUGAAGGAGAGGCUUUGCCUUGAGGUUGAGAGGCUCGGGCUCAGCACCGUCGUUACGGGGAGCCGUGGCUUCGGCGCUUCUCGCCGGAAUAGCAAGUCGCGGCUCGGUAGCGUUAGCGAUUACUGCGUUCAUCACUGCGUUUGUCCCGUCGUGGUGGUGAGGUUUCCUGAAGAAAAGGAUGAGGAUGAGGAUGUGAAUGAGAAUGAGAAUGAGAAUGGGAAUGGGAAUGGGAAUGGGAAUGUGAAUGUGAAUUCUCAUUCGCGAGGAAAAUCUGCUGCGGAAGAUGAGCUGGAGUACCAUGACGCAUUGGAUAAGCAAUCCGAUUUGGACAAGACCUCAUGAAUAGAUGGUGGGAAUACUGAUGUUUUCGUUCGAAGGUGUUUGGAAGUUGAAAUACUCCUGGUUGGUGUGUAGUCAUGUCUUGUGGAAAAGUUUGGUACUGGUCUCUGUUCUUCCACCUUUUCACCCCCUUAUAUAUCUAUGAAGUUUGGAAUGAAGCAUGACCGAUGAACUCUUUCUUGUGUUUUUAGGUCUUUGAAUAUGACAGGCUGCAGUUUUUUUCCUUGUUAUAUAAUAUUCUGUGUCAGCUGCCCCCUUAGAGUGUGCAUCCUCAUGCUUUCAGUUUUUUUAACAUAAACAAAAAGAUAUAAAUUGGAUAUUGUUAUUUGUUUUUCUAACAAAGCUUGCACAAGGGCGCAUGUUAUUUGUUACUCUAAA